AUGUCAGCCUCCAAAGCCGAGGAUACGAUACGACAAGACAUCAUUUCCAAACUGUGUAACAGUGAUGAAGGUCUUGUCGUCCUAUUCAAAACGAUUGCAACUGUAUAUCAGCACAAUCCAAAACAAAAUAACGAUGAAACCGAUGGCCAGACACCCGAUGCAGACUGGACCGUGGUUGGUUAUGGAAUUCCUACUGUAUUGGCAACCAAGUCAAAAGUUACACUCUGCAUUUCAGACUUUGAUGAAAACUUACCUGGACACGAAAUCACAAUCAGCAGCACGACACAACUUGUACAAACUAGCGAAUACUUCACUGUAAUUGGCAUUCACAAUGGAACCUACUUUGGACUAAGUUUUUCAGACGAGGCUAUUGCUGGGAAAAUCACAUCUUUAAUUUCUCUAGUCGUUCCAAAUCUCCUCACACCCAAACCUGAUGAAGGCAGUAUUCCCAAACGAAUUAAACUAUCCCAGUCCUCCAUUGAAGGUGAAAGCGAUCCAAAUGGCGACAAUGAAUGGGUUAUGAUUGAACAAGAAGAUGCAAAAACAGAUGCUGGUGGUACUGAAGAUGUCGACUCUCCUGGUAUAUUUCGCCGAAACACUUUGAGAAGGAAAUCAGGAUCUCGAUCAAACAGCCCACUCACUAUUUCUGAACCCUCCAAUUUUCGACACAUCUCUCAUGUUGGAGAUGACACUUCCGUGGUCCAGCUUUCAAAAUCAAUGACAGCAAGUGUGGGCCAAGAUUCCGUGGGCAUGUCAAGUGAACCACGACCACCACCAACCCAUCGCGAGAGUGGUACAGAGUCAACCUUCUCCUUUGGAGAGGUCCUUGAACCUGGUCCUGAUAGCAGUGCCGUUCCCCCUCCACCACCCAUUGCACCACCGCCACCACCACCGCCACCGCCACCCUCGGCUAUGGAUACUCUCAAGAAAAUGGGUGCACAGCCACUCCCUGGAAUGUCUCUACAGGAUGAGCUGCUCAAAGGUGUGGCACUCAAGUCUUCCGCUGCGCCAGGUUCUUCGAGUGGUAAUGCUAGCUCCAUCGCUGAAGAGUUGAAGCGUGGGAUUUUCCUUCGACCGGUUGGCUCGUCAAGCAAGACUCUCCCGAAACCUCCUUCCACAAAGAAUAAAGGGCAGCUACUCUUUGAGAUCAACACAUUCAGACGAAACACAUUACGCCAUGUGGAAACCAAAAACAUGACUGAUUUUCAAGCAGACGACCCAGACAGUCUACAAUCAGUGCUCAGGUGUAGUCUAGAGAAAAUGAGGAGUAGGCUGAACAUGCGGAACUUUUCAAAAGUGGCAGAUGUCAACAGAGAUGGGGAAGAGUCUGGAUUUGAGGACGAUUAUGACGGUGCCCUUAUUGUCUAAACUUAGUAUUGUAGGACUUUUCAAAAUGACUUAGCAUGAUAGUAUAAAAUUAUGAAUCAUUUUACAGUUGAUUAGUGUGUGUGUUUUUAUGCUGCUAGCAGUAGUUGUCUCUUGUUUUUAAUCUUUUAAUGAUGUUGGUAAUUCAGUCUUUUUGUCAGCAAUAUCUUGCCACAUUUCCUUGUUUGACCUGUGUAAA